AUGGUUGUCAAGGAUGCUGAAGCCUCUGAACUUAAGGAGAACCCGAAACCAAAGGAACGUUGGGCUCUCAUGUUCGACGGCGCUUCAAAUGCAAUAGGUCAUGGAAUUGGGGCAGUGUUGAUGUCUCCCAAGAAUUUUCAUUUACCAUUCACUGCAAAGCUUUAUUUUACCUGCACGAACAACAUGGCCGAGUAUGAAGCCUGCAUAUUGGGGCUAGAAGAAGCGAUUGAGUUAAAGAUCAAGAUACUUGAGGUAUUCAGAGACUCCGCUCUAGUGAUACAUCAGAUCAGAGGUGAUUGGGAAACAAGACAUGCUAACCUAAUUCCAUACCAGGAUUACGUGCUAAAGUUGCUCCCCAAAUUUGACAAAAUCACUUUUUCUCAUAUUCCUCGGGAGGAGAAUCAGAUGGCAAAUUCUCUAGCAACCUUGGCUUCCAUGCACAAGUUGAUAUGGCCUAACCAUCAGCCCAAUAUUGAAAUCAGGCGUUUUGACGAACCUGCGCACUAUCUGACAACAACAGAAGAGUCGGAUGAUAAACCCUGGUUCUUCGAUAUCAAACAGUAUCUGGAGAAGCAAGAAUACCCGACGGAGGCUUCCAGCCUUGAUAAGAGGACUAUAUGGAGGUUGGCGUCGAAGUUCUUCUUGAAUGGAGAUGUAUUGUUCAAGCGGAAUUUUGACAUGGUUUUGUUGAGGUGUGUGGACAAGCAUGAAGCUAAUCAGCUUAUGAAGGACAUACACGAAGGAUCCUCCGACACACACGCAAAUGGGCAUGCAAUGGCGAAGAAGAUCCUAAGGGCCGGUUAUUAA